AUGUCUAAAAGCUGUUUGGCUUAUCUAGAUCUUCCACACCUUAUUCUUGCCAUUGUGCUCUUUGCUCUCGUAGGAGUUUCAAUGCUCCAACCUCCGCAUCCAAUGGCGAUACCAGAAAAUGAUUCUCAAUCAAAUUAUCCAGGAAACGGAAAAGAUACAAUCAAAGUAUUUGUCCUUGUUGGUAUCUUAGCUGCAUCAGGCAUUGUAGUUUUGGUUUUAAUGAAGAUCCUUUCAAGAUUUUUCAGUAAAGUAUUUAAACCUUUCCAUUUCUGGUCAGCACUUUGGAACUUUGCAAUUGCUCUUGCAAGUUGCACAUUAGCUGUGAACGUCAUCAAAAAUGUUGUUGGCCGCCCACGCCCAGAUAUAUAUAAUGUCUGUGGCAAGUCUGUUGGAAAAGACAUUUCAACCUGCAGCAAAAACAUCACUAAGAGUCAGUUCUAUGACGAAUAUAGAUCAUGGCCAUCUGGACAUUCAUCAAGUGCUAUGGCAGGAUAUGCUUUCAUUGCAUUAUUCUUGAAGAAGGAAAUAUAUGGAUCAACAUCUAUUGCAUUUUUCAUCGCCUUUUGCGUUCUUGUAAUUCCAUUAUAUAUUGGAGCAACAAGAAUUGUAGACUAUCGUCAUCAUGCUGAUGAUGUUCUUGCAGGAUUUUUUGUUGGCUUCUUGAUUUCUUAUUUUGUCUUCUCUACUGCGAAGAAUGAUAUGUUUGAGGUCGAAUUAAGUGAAGUUUCGGCUGAUAACUCAGAUCCAACAUUAAGUAAUGAUGAUGCUGUAAAAUAUUGCCCUUAA